GAAAAUGCCGGCGGAGAUGGAGAAGGUGGACGCGUGCCAUGGAGAAAGGCCAGCUCGCAUUGGAGACUUCGGCAGCCCUGCAGAUGGUUCCAAGACCCGUACGGUGCCAAAAAGCUCCCUUCUUGAUAAUCCCAAACCCUUCAUUGGACGCCAAUGGGGGACCUGAACUGACCACUGCUUCUUCUCAUCCGCCAUUGUUGAGGUGUUUGAGAAAAGGAAAAGGAAAACUCAAAGCUAAAACAGAGUAGAUGGGUGGCCGUUUGAAUUUUCAAGAGUUCUUAGCAUCAGAACCACCAGCUCAACAUGUUUAUGUGCUAGAAAUACAAUCUCCAAAGCCAUCUGUUUCCAUUUCAUUCUUUUUGCUGGGUGCUACUGCAUGCCUUGUUAUGAUUUUUCUUGUUUUCUUUCUUUUCUGGAAGUUUGUCAAGCCUGAAACUUUGUGGAAGAUGAUACAAUUCAACAGAACUUCAAGAGUUCCAGAUUACAUCAGUAGUGAUCUUAGAGCAGUUAGCUAUUUUGACUUCAAAACUCUAAGGACAGCAACUAAGAAUUUCCAUCCAAGGAAUCAACUUGGACGUGGAGGCUUUGGUCCAGUUUAUGAGGGAGAGUUGGAUGAUGGGAGGAGGAUUGCAGUGAAGCAAUUGUCUCUUGGAAAAUCUCAGCAAGGGGAAUCUGAAUUUCUUUCUGAGGUGAAGAUGAUCACAAAUAUCCAACACAAGAAUCUUGUCCGUCUUGUCGGGUGUUGCUCCGAGGGAGCACAGAGGCUGCUUGUAUAUGAGUUCAUGAAAAAUAAAAGCUUGGAUUGCAUCAUAUUUGGAGAAAAUGGGCUGUUCUUGAGUUGGAAUGCUCGGUUUCAAAUCAUUCUCGGCAUUGCUCGUGGAAUACAGUAUCUACAUGAAGAUGCACAUUUGAGAAUUGUUCAUCGAGAUAUCAAGGCAAGCAAUAUUCUCCUUGAUGACAAAUUCCAGCCAAAAAUUGGCGAUUUUGGGUUGGCCAGGUUCUUCCCUGAAGAUCAAGCCUAUCUCAGCACCACUGUUGCAGGGACUUUAGGCUAUACUGCUCCUGAGUACGCCAUAAGAGGAGAAUUAUCAGAAAAGGCGGAUAUUUACAGCUUUGGAGUUCUUGUUCUGGAGAUAAUCAGUUUUAGGAAAAACACAGAUCACACACUCCCAUCAGAAAUGCAAUAUCUUCCAGAAUAUGCAUGGAAGCUUUACAAGAGAUCAAGGCUCAUUGAUAUGGUGGAUCCAAAACUACAAACUGAUGAAUUUGUAGAAAGUGAUGUCCUCCAUGUUUGUCAUAUUGCUUUGUUGUGUCUUCAACCGUAUCCAAAUUUGCGGCCACCAAUGUCUGAAGUAGUUUCCAUGCUAACAUGCAAGAGUGAACUUUCAACAAUCCCAGUGAAACCAGCUUUCAUAAACCGCAAGGCUUUGAUCUGCAGUAAUGUUUCAUGGGAGAGUUUAUCUGAUCGGCCGCCAUCGCCUUCAUUAUCCCUUUCACAGUUGCAAGGUGAUUCACCUCUCAUCCUUCCUGCCGAAAACCCCCAUCAUCUUGAUGACACAAGCCUGAAUCUAUCAAGCCAAUGCGAGAGGUGAGUUUUGCUGAAAAGUGAUUACAGGGUAACUAAAACAUGCUUUCAAGAAUUUUGUUCGAGCUUAGAGUAUACAAUUUUGUGAUAAUUGGAUGCUCUUCAACAUCGAUUGAAGGCUUGCAAGUGGUGACUCGGAGCACAGAAGCAGUACAAGUAUAGAACCUGGAUAUUCUCUUUUGUAGUUACAUUUAUAUUAAUGUUUCUUAACAUUGAUGCCAUCAGAGAGUAUGAAUUUGAAGGAGCUCCAGAUUGAAAGUUCAGUUUUAUUUCAAGCAAGUCUAGUUGUUUUCAAUGCAACUUGAAUGCGGUCCAACAAUAAGCAUCUAUUCUGAUGUUUUUCUUGUUCUUAUUUUACAAUAAACACAAUGUAUUGCACUUAUCUUGCUUCUGAAAAAAACUACUCUUUUGGUGAAACAUAUUUGUAUCGAUAUUUAUGUUUCUGUAUCUUCUUUUGGUGAUGGUACUGGGAUAUUUUCUCAGUUUGGUAUGAAUGAGGGAGCAAAGAAUUAAUUGAAGGCAGGUUUGA